AUGUCACCACGUGUGAAGCUUCUCGUUGGCCAUCUUGCCGAUUUGCCUGCAGCCUUGCAAAUCCACGACACCGAUGCACUGGUGGAAAAUGCCGCCUGGAGAGAAACCGGGGGUGUCGUUUCCCGACCUGGACCUCGACAGUGGACAGAUUGGUGGAACGUUGUCCUGGCGCGGAGCGCCACGGAUUCGCGUGUGGACUACGCCAACGUCACUGCGACGGUCAACGAAGUGUCGGUGCGCUUUUCCUAUGUGGACGUGGAACCCUGGUGCCAGCAGAGUUCGGCUUCGACUACCCGCAACAUGGCUGGCAUGUUGAAUGGGGGCCACCGAUCGACCAAGGAGGACAACCAGUACUUUUGGGUUUACAGCAAGUCCUCCUUGGCUGAAGCCACGACGCCUUACAUCCACAGCAUUGUCGAUGUGGAUGCCACGGUGCUCAACCCGCAGUUUGUUGGACAGGAGCGGCCCGGCCCUGGUAAAUUCCCCAUUUUUCGCCUGCAGGACUUAGAUCUCAACGACCUGGGUGGCUUUGUCCGGUGGACGCCCAAUGGUGCACCCGGAGUGCAGGACUAUCUCCUGUACCUUGCGCAGAGCGAUAUGGGAGCCAACCGAGCCAUCCCCAACGGCACCGCCCGGGAGCCGUUCGAUCGCUUCCUGGUCUACGCCCGCAGCAGCCUGGCUGAGCAGAGCACUCCGAAGGCGCUGGGCUUCGUGGAGGCCGCGCAGAAGUUCCAAGUGAUGCUCGGUUUCUUGAGUCAUUUCCAAGAUUUUAUGGUCACAGAGAUUCAGUUUGAUGCAGCUUUUGUUGGUUUCACAAGGCGGGUGACAGCCAUGGCCCUCUUGCGGCAGAGAUGGUUGGCUCCCCGCGGUGUGACCCCCCGGGUGGCCAAGCUACGACGUUUGGCGCGGUGGGUGAAGCGGAAGGGGCGCCGCCCAGGCCGCCCAGGGCAGGAAAUGGCGAUGGAAGUGAUGCUGAGCCAAGUGGAGCACCAAUUCUUCGGACUGUGCUGGGGCGCAGCCAACUUCGAGGGCGAUGUGUGCAAUGCAAAUGAUAAGGUAGAGCCAGUGUGGGAAUCAGGAAAUGCAGCCAAGCCAGCCGCACUUCGACCUCCAGCACUUUCAUCUCCAGUUGGGAUUCCAGUUCUUCAUGUGGAGCAUCUUCCAGUAUACCUGGGGGCGUUUUGCAAGACAUCUCCACCGCUGCCAAGGAAUCUUGCACUAUGGCCACCAGCCCCGUUGCAACCACCGCCACCGCCUCCCCCACCUCCCCCGCCUGUGAACUCCUUGACUUGCCCUUGGAACAUGAAGCGUUUGUACAUCCUGGAUGCUUUGAAUCUCUUGACACACCGAAAUCAGGGCGAAGAGAACGACAAAAGUCUUAGGUGGUCUCAACUAGAAUCUGCUGCACAAUACUAUCAUCACGGAGCCCAGGUCUUGAUUUUCAGUGAAUGGCUGAGGGGGCAUUCGUUGGAGCUGCAUCGGCUGGAGAUGAGGUUUGGGCCAGGUUGCGUUGUGUCAACACCGGCCGAAGAAGGAGUAGAUUCAGUAGAUACUCUCAUGUUGAAGAAGGCGAUGAUGGAACGGCAGAAUGGCGGUAAAGCUUUCAUCGUCACCAACAAUCGCUUGGAAAAGUUCAAGUCAUGUGCAGAUGUCGACCUGAGCAAUCUGGUCGUCAAGUAUGCCAUGGCCCUUAGCACCUUCAUUCCGCAAGUGGAGCCAGAUGUUUGGACACAGAAGGGUAGUGAACCAGACAGCAUCCCAUCUUGUGGUGAAGAUUUUAGUGGUUACAAUACUUCGGGGUGCAUCCUGAGCAACCUGACCUUCAGCGACGAAGACUUGGACCUCAGAGAGGUGGCGAACUAUCUCACCUGGACGUCACCAGAGGUGACAGACAGCGUGGUGGACUUCCGUAUCUUCCUGGCCGAAGACGGUCUGCCCGCCGUGGCGCAGGGGCCGAUGACGGAGCUGGGAGCCAGCACGGUGGAGACGACGGAGUUUCUGGUGGUCUACUCCCGCUCCUCCAGCAUGACGCAGAGCACGCCUUCCGCGGUCAACGUCACGGAUCUGGACGAAAGUGUCUCCAACGUGCGUUUUGAAGACUACGACUUGGACCCCCUGGACAUCGGGGGUGGAGUGAACUGGACGCCCCCAGAAGCCUUGGAGGCCACAGAGUUCUACUCCGUGCAACUGGAAUGGGAUCAAACCUUUGAGUAUCGCAGCAUCAUCGCCGAAGUGGCCGUCGGGGAGAAGCACUACGAAAUCCCCGCGGCGCCCCGCCCUUUGGGGGAAAAAAACAUGGUACCCUCGGGUAAUUUAGGGUGA